AUGUUUUCUUUCACUCUAAUCCGCCUAUUUGGCAUUUUCGCUGCUGCGAGCACGGUAACGGCGACGGGGACCAAGUUGAACAUCACCGCCAUUGGCACCUACAAGAACGCCUCGCGCUUUGAGUGCUGGGAAUUGGACCAGCCAUUCACCUCAUCAAACCAGUCAGGGCUGGUGAACUCGAGAACAAAAUUCCUAGGGGAUGUCUCGAAACUCUCAAUGAAUGUUGUCCCGUCUGGAUUCGACGGCGGAUUCCAUCCUGCACCGACCAACCAAUGGGUGGUGCUAGUCGGAGGGCUCGGCGUGAUCACGCUGCCGGACAACAGUUCUACCACUUUGACCACGGCCGGUGGAGAGUUCGGAGUGUUGUUCGCCACGGACACCGCUGACCUUACUGAAGAGGGCCAUGGCGGUUUUUUUCCAGGUCCAACUGAGAGCAUUGUACUUCAGAUCCCGACCAAGGACAAUAAGAUACCAAAACAUCGGAUGUUGAAACACAAUGAGCCAUGCACAGUCAACGAGGUUGCUGGUUUGAGAUCUUGGGCACUUGGAGCUUAG